UGGAUCACUCAAAGAAGGAUGGAUCUGUCAGAGCUUGGAGAGGCUACAGCCUUCCCCAGAAGAAGCCAGGCAGAGCUGCUUAUGCUACAGGCUGGGGCCUUUGAUGAGAAGAAGAAAUGCUGGAUUCGUGAUAGCAAGCACGGGUACGUUGAGGCUGAGGUUAAAGGGAGUGGAAAUGAUGGCAAAGCAAUUGUCGAGACAACAGAUGGAAAGAGUCUGAGUGUCAAGGAGGACGAAAUCCAGCAGAUGAAUCCCCCAUAGUUUGAAAUGAUUGAAGACCUAGCAGUGCUGACUCAUCUCAAUGAGGCAUCCGUGCUGCACACCCUGAAGCGGCGCCAUGACCAUUGGAUGAUCUGUACAUAUUCAGGUCUCUUCUGUGUGAGCAUAAACCCUUACAAGUGGCUCCCAGUGUAUCAGAAAGAAGUCGUGGCUGCCUACAAAGAGGAGAGGCGAUCAGAAGCUCCCCCUCACAUCUUCGCUGUGGCCGAUAAUGCCUUUCAGGAUAUGCUUCACAAUCAGGAGAAUCAGUCUGUACUUUUGACAGGAGAAUCUGGUGCUGGAAAGACUGUGAGCACCAAACAUAAUAUCCAGUAUUUUGCCACCAUAGCAACCAUGGGUGAAUCUAGGGAAAAGCUGGGGACUUUAGAAGAUCAAAUCAAGCAAGUGCAUCCUAUUUUGGAAGCAUUUGGAAAUGCUAAAACCCUGAGAAAUGACAACUCCUUUUGUUUUGGCAAAUUCAUCAGAAUGCAUUUUGGUGCCACAGGCAAGCUGUCCUCUGUAGACAUCGAUAUUUAUUUGCUUGAAAAAUCCCAAGUGAUUUUCCAGCACCCAGAAAACUACCACAUAUUCUAUCACAUUCUGUCUGGAGAAAAAGACCUUUAUGACUUGCUCCUGGUGUCUGAAAAUCCCUCUGACUUUCCCUUUUGCUCUCGUGGAGUCAUUGCUGUGGACAGCCGGGAUAAUGCUGAAGAACUACUGGCCACUGAUCAGGCCAUGGACAUCUUGGGCUUUCUUCCUGAUGAGAAGCAUGGAUCCUAUAAACUCAUUGGAACCAUCAUGCACUUUGGAAACGUGAAAUUUAAACAAAAUCCCAGAGAAGAGCGAGUGGAGGCAGAUGGCACGGAAAGUGCGGACAAAGCUGCUUUCCUCUUGGGCAUUAAUUCCUCUGAGCUGGUAAGGGGCUUGAUCCAUCCUAGAAUCAAAGUUGGGAAUGAAUAUGUUAUUAGAGGUCAAAAUGUAGCACAGGUGACCUAUGCCGUUGGUGCCCUGUCCAAGUCAAUAUAUGAAAGGAUGUUUAAGUGGCUGGUGGCACAAAUCAACAAGGCACUGGAUGCCAAGCUGUCAAGACAAUUCUUCAUUGGCAUUCUUGACAUCACUGGUUUUGAAAUCCUUGAUUAUAACAGCCUUGAGCAACUUUGCAUUAAUUUUACCAAUGAAAAAUUACAACAAUUCUUUAAUCAGCACAUGUUUGUUCUGGAGCAAGAGGAAUAUGCGAAAGAAGGCAUUGACUGGGUGUCCCACGAUUUUGGUCUGGAUUCACAAGCCUGCAUAGAUCUCGUUGAGAAGCCAAUGGGCAUCUUUUCCAUCCUUGAAGAGGAAUGUGUAUUUCCUCAGGCUACAGAUGUAACUUUCAAGACCAAACUUUUUGACAACCAUUUUGGGAAGUCGGCUUAUUUCCAGAAUCCCAGACCUGAUAAUAAAGGAUAUGAAGCUCACUUUGAGCUUGUCCAUUAUGCAGGAACGGUGCCUUAUAACAUUAGUGGCUGGCUUGAAAAGAACAAAGACCUUCUUAAUGAAACAGUAGUGACUGUAUUUUGGAAGUCGUCAAACAGAUUACUGGCAAACCUUUUUGAAAAUCCCAUCAGUACUGACAGUGCUCUACAGUUUGGGGAGAAGAAACGCAAGAGAAGAGUUUCAUUCCAAACGGUUGCAUCUCUGCAUAAAGAAAACCUAAGUAAAUUGAUGACUAAGCUGAAAUCAACAGCACCUCAUUUUGUAAGAUGCAUAAAUCCCAAUGUGAACAAAAUGCCAGGUUUAUUAGACCCUUACUUGAUUCUGCAGCAGCUGCGCUGUAAUGGUGUCUUAGAAGGAAUCAGGAUGUGCUGUGAAGGUUUUCCAAACCAACUGCUAUAUCUAUAUGCUGAUUUUAAACAAAGGCUCUGCAUUUUGCGCCCAAAGGCAUUUCCAAAGAGUAGGUUUGUAAGCAGCAGAAAAGCAGCUGAGGAAUUACUUGGCUCAUUGAAGAUAGACCAUACCCAGUACCGCUUUGGAAUCACUAAGGUGUUUUUAAAAGCUGGCUUUCUGGAACAACUGGAAUCAAUGAGAGAUGAGAGACUAUCCAAAGUCUUUACAUUGUUUCAAGCCAGAGUACGGGGCAAACUGAUGCGAAUCACGUUCCAGAGGAUUCUGGAAGAGAGGGAAACCCUUCUUGUGAUCCAGUGGAACCUAAGAGUUUUCAUGGCUGUGAAGACUUGGUCCUGGAUGAGACUCUUCUUCAAGAUCAAGCCUCUAGUUGAAGCUGCUGGAAUGGGAGAGAAGAUAGCUGCACUGAAGGAAGACUGUCAACUGCAAAAAACCCUGGAGAACUCGGGAUCUCAGAGGGAAGAACUGAAAGCCAAACAGUUCUCCUUCGUCAGGGAAGAGAAUGACCUGCUUCUUCAGCUGCAGGCGAAGCAAGAGACCCUAGCAAAGGUUGAAGAGCGGUGUGAGUCGCUGAUUAAAUCCAAGAUCCCGCUGGAGGCCAGAGUGAAGGUGCCGUCGCGGGUGGAGGAAGAAGAGGAGAUAAAUUCUGAGCUGACUGCCGGGGGGCGGAAGCUCGAAGAUGAAUGUUCCAAGUUGAAGAAAGAAAUUGAUGACCUGGAAACAAUGUUGGUGAAGUCACAGAAGGAGAAGCAUGCUACGGAGCACAAGGUCAAGGACCUGACUGAGGAAGGGGAGUCUCUAAAUGAGGAGAUCAGCAAACUGAACAGAGUGGCCAAGGUCAUGCAGGAGGCCCAUCAGCAGACGCUGGAUGACCUGGUCACAGAGGGGGAGAAACUCAGCAGCUUGAGCACAGCCAAGUUGAAAUUGGAAUGGCAAGUAGAUGAGCUGGAGGGUACCCUACAGCAGGAGAGGAGAGCAAGAAUGAACUGUGAGAGGGAAAAGAGCAAACUGGAGGGGAUUUGAAGCUGCAGGUGCGUGAGUAUGCAGCGCCUGGAGAGCGGCCAGCUGCAGUUGGCGGAGAAGCUGAGCAAGAAAGAACUAGAAAUGAAUCAGAUGAAUUUAAAGGUGGAGAAGGAGAAAGGCCUGGUGGCUCAGCUUCAGAACACGGUUAAGGAACUUCAGUCAAAAUUAUUUAUUGCUGCAGAUACAGAUACAGAACUCGAAGUUGAAAGGACCACUCGAGCCAAGGUGGAGAGGGAGAGAGCUGACCUCAUCCAAGAACUGGAAGACUUGAAUGAGAGGCUGGAGGAGGCAGGAGGCACCAGUUUGGCUCAGCUGGAUAUAACUAAGAAACAGGAAACAAAAUUCCAGAAGCUUCGCAGAGACAUGGAAGAGGCUACACUGUACUUCGAGGCAACUUCUGCCACUUUGAAGAAGAGACAUGCAGACAGCCUGGCUGAGCUCCAGGGCUGGCUUGACAAUUUCCAACAGGUCAAGCAGAAAUUAGAAAAAGACAAGAGUGACUUGCAGCUAGAAGUGGAAGAGCUCUUGAUGAAUGUUGAGCAGAUGACCAGAGCUAAGGUGAACUCUGAGAAGCUCUGUAGUCUGUAUGAAGAGUGCUUGAAUGAAGCAAAUGCAAAACUAGAUGAAGUGACUCAGUUGGCAAAUGACCUGAACGCACAGAAGACGAAGCUACGGAGUGAGAAGGGAGAGUUCCUGAAGAGGUUGGAAGAAAAGAAAGCUCUGAUAAACCAACUUUCCAGGGAAAAGAGCAACUUCACUGGGCAGAUAGAAGCACUGAAAGGGCAACUGGAAGAGGAAUCCAAAUCACAGAGCGCCCUGGCCUAGGCCCUGCAGUCAGCCAAGCAUGACCGUGACCUUCUUCAAGAGCAGAAUGAGGAAGAACAAGAGGCCAAGGCUGAGCUGCUCCAGGUUCUCUCCAAAGGCAAUAGUGAAAUGGUGCAGUGGAGAGUGAAGUAUGUAGAUGACAUAGGCCAGAGGACUGAGGACUUGGAGGAUGCCAAGAAGAAGCUGGCCAUGGGGUUGCAGAAGGCUGCUGAAGCCAUGGGGGUAGCAAAUGCCAGAUAUGCCUCCCUGGAGAGGGCCAGGCACCAACUGCCGCUCGAGCUUGGGGACAUCCUGUCCGACCUUGGGAAAGCCCGCUCCUCAGCAGCCAUGCUGGACCAGAAGUGGCAGCACUUGGACAAGUGCCUGGAUGGCUGGAAGCAGAAGCAGGAGGAGUCACAGGCCAUGCUAGGGGCCUCUCAGAAGGAGGCCCGGGCCCUCAACACUGAGCUCCUCAAGCUCAGGCAUGCCUACGAGGAGAGCACUGUGAGCCAAGAGAUCCUCCAGAGGGUGAAAAAGAAUCUCCAAGAAGAGAUGUCUAAUCUGACAAAUCAGGUGAGAGAAGGAAAGAAGAACCUAAAUGAAAUGGGAAAGGCCAAGAAGCAGGUUGAGCAAGAGAAGACUGAGGUCCAGGCAGCGCUGGAAGAAGCAGAGGGAGCUCUGGAACGUAAUGAAAGCAAGAUUCUUCGCUUCCAGCUUGAACUCUUGGAAGCUAAAGCGGAACUUGAAAGAAAGCUUUCAGAGAAAAACGAAGAAAUAGAAAAUUUUAGGAGGAACCAGCAAUGUGCUGUUGACUCCCUGCAGUCUAGUCUGGAUUCUGAUACUAAGAGAAUUGAGGCGACCCAGCUGAAGAAGAAUGUGGAAGGGGGCCUCAAUGAGACAGAACUUCAGCUUAACUGUGCCAACCGGCAGGUGUUAGAAACAACCAAAUCCCUGGGCCAGCUUCAGACCCAGAUCAAGGACCUUCGGGUGCAGCUAGAUGACAGCACACUCCUGAACAGUGAGCUGAAGGAGUAGGGGGCUAUGGCCGAGAAGCACAACUCUCUUCUCCACUCUGAGCUGGAGGAACUGAGGUCCUUGUACAAGCAAACAGAACGGGGGUGCAGGCUGGCAGAGGAAGAGCUCCUACAGGCCACAGAGAGAAUCAACCUUUUCCAUACCCAGAACACUAGCCUCCUCAGCCAGAAGAAGAAACUGGAGGUUGAUGUUGCCAGGAUGCAGAAAGAAGCCAAAGAGGCAGUGCAGAGGUGUCAAAAUGCAGAAGAGAAGGUCAAGAAGGCAGCCACUGAGGCAACGGACAUAUCAGAAGAACUGAAGAAGGAGCAAGACACCAAUGCUCACUUUGAGAGGAUGAGAAAGAAUAUGGAGCAGACAAUUAAAGACUUACAAAAAAAGCUGGAUGAAGCUGAACAGACGGCCGUGACAGGGAACAGAAAGCAAAUCCAGAAAUUAGAAUCUAGGGUUUGCAAACUAGAAGGUCAACCGGAGGACGAAAUCCGUCGCAGGGCAGAGGCCCAGGAGGGAGCCGGCAGGCUGGAGCGAUGCGUCAGAGAGCUGACCUGUCAGAUCCUCCUGGAAUCUGUUGGGGUGCUGGAGAAACGUGCUCCUUCAAGCCUGAAAUGGCCUUCCGGAGCUUACAGGUUGCAAAAUGGGAGUGGCACGUCGCAAUUAGAAGCGAAAAGCUAUUUAUACGGUGCUGGUUUUGUCACAUAUAACGUCUGCAGCGCUUGCAGAAAGAUGCCUUCCUGUGAGAGGCUGAGUGAGAACAACGUACUGCUGGAUCAUUCAAAUCAUCUUCAUAUAUUCACCUAUGCAUUUCAGGCAGGGGAAGACCAAAAAGAUCUGAGCAGGAUGCAGACUCUGAUGGAUAAACUUCAGCUGCAAGUACAAAGUUACAAGCAGCAAAUGGAGGCCACAGAAGCACAAGCCAAUCAAUAUCUUUCCAAGUAUAAGAAGCAGCAACAUGAGUUGAAUGAAGCUAAGGAAAGGGCAGAGAUAGCAGAAUCUCAAGUCAAUAAACUCAAGAUCAAAGCAAAGAAAUUUAGAAAAAAAAGGGCGCUGCCUUCACUACCAAGGCUAGGUGGGCAGAAAAUGGAGAGUGUCCAAGCCCAUCCUUCAGAAGAAUUACCUGUGUCUGCUUUCUGUAAUGCAUAUAAUUGCUUCAAUUCCCUGCCUCCCUUUGAAGCUAAUGAGGACUUGGCUAAGGCCUGUUUACUCCGAAAAGGGCUGGGCUUCAUUCUGGGUGUGCGUACCACCGAUGAAAGUCACAGCAAUCUCAGAGAGCACACUCAUGAAGAAUAA